UAAUUAACCGCCAGCUCUUGGUAUACCUUGAGGGUCACCAGUUGAUCAACGACCGGCAGUACGGCUUUCGCCAUGGUCGGUCGACUGGCGAUCUUCUGGUAUACCUAACACAUAGAUGGGUGGCGGCUAUUGAAAGCAAGGGGGAAGGCCUGGCAGUUGGUCUGGAUAUAGCGAAGGCCUUUGAUCGUGUAUGGCACAAGGCGCUCCUCGCAAAACUUCCAUCAUUUGGGCUUCCCGAGAGCUUAUGCAAGUGGACCUCCAGCUUCCUCACUGGGCGCAGCAUACAGGUCGUUAUCGACGGUUAUUGCUCGAAUCCCAAUCCCGUGAACGCUGGAGUUCCCCAAGGCUGUGUGCUAUCUCCCACGCUGUUUCUUCUGCAUAUCAAUGAUAUGUUGGACACCGCCAACAUGCAUUGCUAUGCAGACGACAGCACUGGUGAUGCCGUAUACACGGGCCAUGCAGGUCUCUCUCGGGAAAACGUCGACCAGUGCCGGGAGAAACUUGUGUCUUCUAUCGAGUCCUCUCUCGAGAAGGUCGCGGAAUGGGGUAAGUUGAACCUUGUCCAAUUUAACCCCCAGAAGACUCAAGUUUGCGCGUUUACCACUAAAAAAACCCCAUUUGCUGUAUCACCGCUCUUCGAGAACACUUCCCUUAAAGCCUCGCCUAGUAUCGGAAUACUGGGUCUCGAAAUCUCGAGCAAUUGCCAAUUCCGUGGCCAUCUGGAGGGCAAAGCCAAACUGGCUUCAAAGAAACUGGGCGUCAUAAAUAGAGCACGGCAAUACUUCAAGCCGGCCCACAUUCUAGCGCUCUACAAAGCGCAGGUCCGGCCUCACAUGGAGUAUUGCUGUCAUCUCUGGUCUGGCGCACCCCAGUAUCAGCUCGAUCCAUUUGACGGCGUGCAACGCAGAGCAGCUCGAAUUGUCGGGAACCCAGUACUCUGUGAACGGCUGGAUCAUUUGGCGUUGCGUAGAGAUGUCGCUUCAUUGUGUGUUUUCUACCGCAUCUAUCACGGGGAGUGUUCCGAAGAGCUGUUCAACCUGAUUCCUGCCGCCGAAUUCCACCUUCGCACGACACGCCACAAGUUAGGAUUUCAUCCCCACCAUCUGGAUGUGUGGCGGUCCUCCACAGUGCGGUUUUCAAGGAGCUUUCUUCCUCGUACCACGAAGCUGUGGAAUGAGCUUCCGUGUGCGGUGUUUCCGGGACGAUACGACAUGGGUACCUUCAAGAAAAGCGCGUUCACCUUCCUUAAAGGCCGGCAACGCUCUUGUGAUUCCUCUGGUGUUGCAGGAGAGUGUGGGCGGCGGUGAUCACUUAACACCAGGUGACCCGUACGCUCGUUUGUCCUCCUAUUCCAUAAAAAAAAAAAAAAAA